CUUCCAAAAAGAAUCACAUACAAGACCAGCCUUUUCAUGAAAGAAUGGAGCAUCUGAACAUCUCAUUCCUUUUGCUCCUCGUCUUCUGUUCAUCGAGUGCGAAGAAAAUUUUCUGGACUCAUUUAGGAACGCGCUGUGUUGAAGACUGCAAGGCUAAAUGGGGCGAAUACAAGUGCAAGACUAUUGAUAAAGAUGGACAGUCCCAGACAAUGUACUGUUCGCCUAAAGCAAAUGUAGACUACAGGGACAGGGAGUGUAUAGGUAUCCAAAGGUGCAGGAAGCAUGGAUAUGACUAUUAUUGGUGUGAUACUAGUUGGUUUCAUUGGGGAUACUGUGGGCUGAUAACAGAUGACAGACAUUAUGGAUCUCAAACAAGUGCGCUGUGUUACAACCACUGUAAACAAAGAGGUCAAAACUACUAUUGGUGCAGUACCGAACAGGGAUGGGAUUACUGUUCAAUUUCUGAAAACAAAGAUUACAAGAACAGACAGUGUAAAGUAGACAGCCCAUGUGGAAAGCACAAUCACAAAUACAACUGGUGUGAAGUGGAGGGUGACUGGGGUCACUGUGGGCUCGUGGAGCCAAGGAUGUUCACCCACUGGACUUACCAAAAUGAUGUUUGCAUUGACGAAUGUCAGUAUUCUGAGAGUAAAAAUUACUACUGGUGCCACACUGAUGAGAAUGUGAAUGAGUUUGACUGGGACUACUGCUCUCCAGAGGUGAAUGUAACCUAUAAAGGCCAGCCCUGUCACUCAGAUCACUCCUGUGGCUUACAUGGCAAAAGUUACAACUGGUGCUGGACCUCAGAGACAGAAUAUGAUUACUGUGGGUCCAUUCAAGAUGCAGAGUGCUCCUACGCCACUGAUACACAUCUCAGAAGGAGAACCCCUGAAAGCAACCGUCAGGCAGUUGUGAUAUGCACAAGGGAGGACAAAGGAAACAAAAUAAUAACUGACUUUACUGCUGAGCCAGCGCCUGAUGACAUCACAGAUGGUCGUCAAUUGAGACACGAGGUGGACAGCUUAAUCAGACAAUGGCACAAUGGGUAUCUGGUGGACGAGGCCCGCUCUGAUCUGAUACGUUCGCCUACUGUUCAUGUUGACUUGUUGAGUCCCAUAAACCGCAACAAUCAGAGAUACUACAACCUGCAGGUCCUGCUGAAUACGCCACAGGCCAUCUUGUCUCAGGUCAUCGUGCCUCAGGGAGUCCCAGCCCGUUACAUUCGCAGAGCCUUUCUGGAGAGCCUCAGGAUGCGAGCUCGGAUUACUAUUGAAGUUUCAACAUUAAAUCAUGGUUAGAUCCAGGAGUUAGAUUGACAUAUACAGGGUACAGUAACACUUUUAGAUUUCAGCUAUAGAGAACAAAUACAGUAAACCAAUUCUGGACAGUAGAAUCAAUGAAUACCAUUUUAAAUGAGAUAUUAAUGAAAGUAUUUCUCAAAAUGAUUAUCAGUUUUCACUGAUUUUGCAAGAUGGUAAGCUGAUUUUAAGUAAUUUAUCAAGGUUGUCCUUAAAGAUCAGCGAUUUUUUUGGAAUAUUCAUGUUUACAAUGUUACUAAGUUCCCUAAAAAGGCUGGAUGUCCAUGAAAGAUAAAUACAGAAGGAUCUUUCUCUCAACAUACAGUCUUGUCAGUUAAGAGAGUGUGCCCUGCUGAAAAAUCCAGCUUAAACCAGCCUAGGCUGGUUGGCUGGUUUUAGCUGGUUGACCAGCCUGGUUUUAGAGGGGUUUUGGCCACUUU